GCUCUGCAAAAAUCACCAUGGCACUCAGACCCAUUGAUAACGCUCUUCCAACAACAACCCCAGAUAGACCCAAAAAACAACCUAAGAUCACUGUUUCAACCCAAAAACAACAAGAUCGUGCUCAGAAUGACGAAAACCAACUUCCAUUGCCCUUAUCUGUGGAUGCCACCGUUGAUUAUAUCUCCUCUGAAAACCUUAAACCCAUAUCAGACCCUGAAGCCAAGAUCCAAAGUUUGAUUCAAGAUUUAGAUUCAAAAAACUGGACCAAGGUCUGUGAGUCACUAAAUGAUGUUAGGCGCUUCGCAUUGUACCACUCCUCUCUCCUAUUCCCCAUCUUGGGAAAACUUGUGUUGGUGGUGGCAAAGGCAAUGAAGAAUCCUCGCAGUGCUCUAUGCAAAACCUCUAUUAUGGCUGCUUCUGAUAUUUUCAAUGCCUUUGGUGACAAAUUGUUGGAUCCCUCUACCUCUGAUGCAUUUGAUGGCUUGCUGUUCCAGCUGCUACUGAAAUCAUCACAGGAUAAAAAGUUUGUGUGUGAAGAAGCUGAUAGGGCACUUGGAUCAAUGGUGGGAUCCAUGACCCCUCUUCCCUUACUUCAUAAACUAAGGGCAUAUGUUAGUCACAACAACCUCAGGAUUAGGGCUAAAGCUGCUGUGUCUCUUUCCAACUGUGUCUCCAAGAUGGGACUUGAAGAAAUGGAAGAGUCUGGGUUGGGAGAGUUGAUUGAAGUGGCAGUUGAUUUGUUGAAUGAUAGACUUCAAGAGGCAAGAGAUGCAGCACGAAGCAUUGCAACUUCACUGUAUGAGGCACUCACAAAGGAUGUGGAACAGAAGAUGGAGGUGUGGCAGAGCUUUUGCCAAUCCAAGUUACCACCAAUUCAUGCUCUUUCAAUUUUGAAGAUAGUUAAAGCUUAGAAAU